AUGGCAGGAAACCCUAGCUGGUGGAGCAUGCAUCCAGCUUCACAGCAACCUUCUGCUUUGUUAUCUUCUUCAUCCAUCUUUCCUUCCCAAUAUGUGCUUGGAUCUUCUUCAUUUCCUUCGAAUUCUUUGCCUGAUAACCAAGAGCUUCCACAGUCUUGGAGCCAACUACUUUUGGGUGGUUCGUCAGGAGAUGAAGAUAGGUGCUGUCUGAGUCAAUUUCAGCCUAAAAAGUUAGAAAAUUGGGAAGACCAAAUCUUAAAUCCAUCUUCUAGUAUUGCUGUAGUUGCUGAUGUAAAGCAAGAGGUUUCCCACAACAGCAACAUAUAUGGUCAUGGGAAUGAAGACUUUCAGGCACCUAGGCCUGUAGCUUGGCCACAAGUGAUGCCAGUAUCUUCCCCUAGGUCUUGCGUCACAAGUUUAAGUAGUACUAAUAUAUUAGACUUCUCUUACAACAAGGCAAAUGGAGCCAAUCAGCAUCCAGAUCAAUCAUCUGAGUGUAAUAGCACAGCCACAGGUGGAGUGUGCAAGAAGGCUAGGGUUCAGCCCUCUUCAAGCCAGCCUCUUAAGGUCAGGAAGGAGAAGGUAGGUGAUAGAAUCACAGCUCUUCACCAAAUGGUUUCCCCUUUUGGAAAGACUGACACAGCUUCUGUCUUGUUAGAAGCCAUUGGGUAUAUCAGAUUCCUUCAGGGUCAAAUUGAGGCUCUUAGCUCCCCUUACUUGGGCACUGCCUCACCAAAUAUGAGAAGCCAACAACAAUCUGUUCAAGAAGAAAGAAAUUGUGCGUUUUCUGAAGACAUUGGUCAGGAUAAUCAAGAUAAGCCAAAGGACUUGAGGAGUAGAGGGCUGUGCUUGGUUCCUGUCUCCUGCACUCAGCAUGUUGGAAGUGACAAUGGCGCUGAUUAUUGGGCUCCGGCUAUAGGAGGAGGGUUUUGA